AUGUCAAGUUCAACGGAAAAAGAAUCUCUUCAGUCAUCUCGAUAAAACUUAACGAUUUUAUUUAACGAUGACUUCACUAUUAUUUCCGACUUUACCGUAAGAAUUGUGUAGUUUAUAAGCCGGUUUAACUUUGUGAUAUCUUUUAGUACAAAAAAAUCGCGAAUUUCAACUAAUUUUAUAGAAUCUCGAUUACCAAACGUCUCAAAUUUCGGUAAACUCUCGCGUAAGUGGCAUCUCACAUAGUAAUAAUAAAACAUCAUAAUCGCUUAAAACUAUAAAUAUCCAUAAUAAAAUGAUAUCUGACUUUAUCAGUCUUGCUAUUAGCAGCUCCAGCUUCUUGUAUACUUUUCAUGUUCUUUAUAAUUUUAUGUAUUUUACAUCAACCCAUAAUGAACACCAUAAAAUAAUAACUGCUCCAGAAAACAAUUUAAUCCAGUCUAUCCUUUGGAGACUACUAACAGACACUUCCUUGCUGAGUAUCUUUGUGCUUCAGCAUUCAGUUAUGGCGAAUGAAUUUGUAAAAAAAAUUUACCAAAGACUGAAUAAGUCAGAAUUGGAAAGAAGUAUAUACAAUGUGUUCAGUUCAGCAGCUCUUCAUUUAAUGAUAAUUAAAUGGCAGCCAAUUCCUUGGGUUUCUUUGUGGAACGUUGAUACCACAACAAAUAAUACAUUAUGGCUAUUGUUUACAACUUUUCACUCUCUGGGAUGGUUUAUCAUCUACAGUGGAUGUGUGAUGUUAGAUAUAGCUGAACUUAUUGGAAUAAAACAGGUUUAUUAUAAGAUAUCAAAUCGUCCAUGUCCAUUGGCAACUAAAUCAAGAGAAUAUCAGAGAUAUCUUUCACAUAUGAGACAUCCCAGUUUUGUUGGGUUUCUCAUGAUUGUUUGGGUUCAUCCAUUCAUGACAAUUGACAGAUUUUUAUUAGCCUCGGUCUUGACAAUCUACAUGUUAUUAAUGUGGAAAAUUGACCAAGAAGAUUAUAAUUACCACGCAAUGAAUGUCCAACGAAAACGUAAAAAUUUAUCAUAAUUAUUUAUUCAUCACUAAGGUUUGAUAUUUUUUUUUUUAGUUUAUUGUUUAUUUAUUUAAAGUGGGGAUUUUUUUCUGUCACAAAUAAGUACCACACAAUAUUAUGUCUGCCACUUAAGUUGCUUUCUAGAAUCAAAAUGAAA